CUCGUCCUGAUCUUGGCGGAAGUAGUCACGCUGGCUGUGCGAGGGUUAGUUGCUCAUCUCCAACGACUAGUCCAAGGGAUGGCGUUUGCUUUAUCCUACCCGAAGACAGCGAAAAGUGUGCGCAGGGCUAGAGGGUCGGUCUUUUCGCAUUUGUUCUCGCCAGCGGCGUGACUUACAGCCAAGAGUGAAGAGAGCAGAGCCCGGCUCCAUCUCCGCAUAUGUGCACUCCUCGAGCUUGGGCAUGCGGUCUGGGCUCCACAAGUGGCUACCAGGAAUCACUGCAGUUGCCUGCAUACACGGACGUCAGUGGUCACACGCUCUGAUAAGAGAGGGGUACUAGGGUGUCCACGUACGCCAUUCUUGUAUGUGCACUUGGAUCCUGCAAUCAGGCAGCCAACCAUGGGUGUGAAGAGGGGGUUGUUGGGGUCGGGUCGGAUUUGGUAGGCAAUCUGGUCCUGUACACGCUGGUUUCAGUGACUGUUUUCGGGAUGCGAAAUAACCUGGGCUUACUCUGUGUAGUGGCUGCGGUUUGGCUCCGGGAACAAGACGAAGGGCCGCGGUUGAUGCCAGCAUGUACCCGCUCUUCUGGGGCACCAGCCGCUCCCCCGUGUAGGAUGCGAAUUCGUCACUGGAUGCGACUUAGCACUCGGACAAGCCAGCAGAAGAGCCCGUCUGUCAUACUUGAGAAACUCUCCCAUAAUACCUUGCCACACGGGGAGGCGCAUGAUCUUGACAAUCUGGUCUGGGAUCUUGGACAAAAGGGCCUGAAGAAUCUGUUAAGCAGUGCAGUGUUCUGGGGACAAGGGCUAAGUACGUAGACGCGCUGCGAGCCCUCCGGGAAAAAGUCAGGACCGAGUUCGUCGUGUGUCGCCUUGGAGUCGUAGGUUUUGCGACCUUUGAAGAAAGGCUCGACUAGCAAGAGAUCGGUUAGGGGGUUUGCAGAGACUCAAUGGUUCUGCGCGAGCACUCACUGGAGUCCAUGCAUUCUUUCAAGAGCUCGGGAGAGAGAAAGUUGGAAACAAUGACUCCGCCAUCUCUGGCAAUGAUCUCGAAGACCUUGUCUAGAGGCUCCGAAGCAUCGAUUGUGACGAGUGAGGGGGCCAUGGUGGAGGUAACUUGAUGCUGCUGACUCGAGAUGACUGAAGAGGAGAAACAGCGAGCAUAUAACUUUAAGACAACAACACCCCCUCACCUGACAGUACCAGCUGUUGUCUAACCGGCCCGGUGUUUGUAAACUGCAGGUCGUCCCCGUCACCCAUGUGGGACCUGAGAAGGAAUCUUGGAAUCCUUCUACACUCACCCCCCUAUCAAUGCCUCCAGCACGGCCCCUCAGAUUACUCCAACACACUCUCAGCACUCCCGGUUGAAAUACCCGGUCUGGAAUAGGAUUUGAACGAUUACUCCUAGCGUGUCCCCCGCGCUGGAUGAUUAUCUUACUUUACCUCGUAUCUCACUCGCUGGUCUAUGAAGCUAAGCGAUACCAACGCAGCUUUGCUAUAUAACCACACGCACAUGCCGGUUUACCCUUCCACUUUCUAUCAGCAGUCUACAACGGAGAAUCCCACAAUGUCAAGCAGUGACCCUCAAAUGCCGUCAAAGAAAGAGAACCCAAUGUCGAGAACAGACUCGGUGGAGAUUGGGCAGGUGGCUUCGGGCUCCUGGAGCACCGAAGCCCCUUCCAAGUCAAACGGGACUGAUCUGAGUGCCGCCAUAAUGGAAGCUGUCAACCAUCGUCGAUUGAACCCGCGGCAGAUCCAGCUUACUGCCAUCGCCGGAUCAAUUGGAGCUGCUCUCUUCGUGGCCAUUGGAUCUGGGGUAAUGUCCGGACCUCUUUGCCUACUCCUGGCUUUCAUUUUCUGGGCCACGGUUGUCUUUUGCAUUGCACAAUGUCAGACCGAGAUUGUCACCCUGCUACCACUCGAUGGGUCUUUUAUCCGUCUGGCUGGACGCAUGGUUGACCCUGCCCUUGGUGUGGCAGUCGGCUGGAAUCACUUUUUCGCGCAAACCUCCUAUGUCAUCUUUGAGGCCACUGUAAUCAACACACUAGUCGAAUACUGGGGCUAUAACCAGUCACCUGCCAUUCUCAUCUCAAUCUCGCUAGUCCUUUAUCUGGCCAUCAAUGUUUACCGAGCGGAUCUGUUUGGAGAAGCCGAGUUUUGGCUUGCUCUGGGCAAGGUCCUCCUAGCUAUGGGUCUGAUUAUAUUCACAAUCGUGGCUAUGCUCGGUGGAAACCCAAUGAAUGAUCGGUUCGGUUUCCGGUACUGGAAAGAACCUGGAGUUUGGUCAGGAGCGAGUCAUUCUGAACGCCUCAUGUCAUUCGUCAAUGCCGUCAACGUUGCAGGGUUCUGCAUGGGAGGGCCAGAGUAUAUCUCAAUGAUCGCUGGAGAGUCUAGAGAUCCCCGACGAACAGUACCACGAGCCUUUAACACGAUCAUGACUCGUCUCAUUGUCUUCUUUAUCGGUGGUUGUCUCUGUGUGGGGAUCCUGGUCCCAUCCGACGACUCAACUCUUACUAACGGCUCCGACACCUACGCCGGUGCAUCCCCAUACGUCAUCGCGAUGGAACGUCUUCAGAUUCCAGUUCUGCCUUCUAUCGUCAAUGCGGCCCUGAUUACCACGAUUGUCUCCGCUGGCAAUGCUUAUACAUUCAAUGCUUCUCGAAGUCUGCACGCUCUUGCGCUCGACGGCCGGGCACCAGCGUUUCUUCGAAAACUGAACAAGAAGGGUGUGCCGUACAUGGCUGUCAUUGUUGUCAUGACACUCUCCUGUCUAGCUUAUCUCGCACUCGGCUCCAGUAGUGCCCAAGUUCUGGAUUGGAUUCUGAACUUCUGCACCGCGGCUACUAUGUUCAACUGGUCUGUGAUGUCCUUCACGUGGAUCCGGUUCAACGCAGCCCUAAAAGCCCAAGGUAUCGACAAGAAGACCUUUCUUCCAUCAGUCUCGAAAGUUCAACCAUUUGCAGGCUACUGGGCUUUUUUCUGGGCUUUCCUAUUUCUUUGGGUUCAAGGAUACUCUGUUUUCGUGAAAGGCAACUGGAAAGUAUCGACUUUCAUCUUCAACUAUGGCAUUAUCGCUCUCGCCAGUGUUAUCGGCAUUGGUUGGAAGAUUUUCAAGCGCACACCGUUCCAUAAGAGCAAGGAUGUUGACUUAGUGUCGGAUCUGGAAUUUUUCGAAACUUUGACAGAGCAUUACCGGCACGAACGUGAGGCAGCCCCGGUGACGGUAAAGGACAAGAUCAUGGCAAAGAUUUUCUAA